GUAAUCAGGGAGGAAAUGUUGGUGACCUUUAUAGCAAGAAUGAGCAUGACAAUAAUUUAUAUCCAAGAAGCCCUCAAUAUGAAAACCAUGCUCAAAAUGAUUAUCGUCCACAAUAUAUCAACAAUUCGCAAGUCAAUUAUAAUAAUAAUAAUUAUGAUGGCGGUGGAAUAUAUCCCGAUCCUAGGAAUGGAUAUAGUAAUGAUACACAUUAUUCCAAUAUCAAAUCUACAAGUCCUGUUGGCAGUGCAUAUGAUGAUUCAGGGUAUUCAAAUCCUAAUAAUAUAUCAUCGCAUUCUAAUGCUCGUUAUAAAAAUCCUUAUACCACUCCUUUUAACGAUACAAAAACUAGUUAUAACACUCCUUACAUUCCUUCCCCGGUGAAACAUCCAAGUUCUCCAGUUAUGCCUGGGAUGAACCCUACUCAUCCACCCAUUAAUCCGAUUCCUACUCAUCAAGUUCCAUAUGGUGGUCGUCCAGCAGAUCCCUAUAGCGACAGUGCUUUGUCUAAAGGAAUGUAUUCUACCUCUUCUACAUCCUCACCAAAUCCCGGUCCAACCAAUCAUGGUCAAGAAAACCCCCU